UGUUUACGUCCUUGUAACUUAGCGGUUCGGCAAAAGAGAUACCGAUAGAAUAAGUACUAGGCUUCCAAAGAAUAAGUCCUGGGGUAGAUUUGCUCGACUAAAGGCGGUGCUCCAGCAUGGCCGCAGCCAAAAUGACUGAAACAAGUAAAAGAGUAAAAGAGAGUAUCGGUUACGACCGACAACUCCAACCCUUCAAGACGGUGCCCCUGCAUGGCCGCAGUCCAAUCACUGAAUCAAGUAAAAAAAAACAUUAAAAUAAAUGCAUGACUGAGCAAACCGUCUCUUUCAUUGAAAAGAGCGACAGAAAUCUGUCGAUCACGUCACAUUUGAAUAUGACUGCAGAUAUGAAGGCUUCGGUUCUAAUAACUCUGCAACACUUCGAGGAUUAUGAGGUGGAAGACGAAUUAUUUAAACAGCUUUUGAGUCGCCUCAGAGCUUCUUUUCAAAUUGUCUUCCAGAAUGAUAUUGCACAGAAUCCAGACAUAAAGGAAGAUAUUACUGGUAUCGUCGCAGUAAGCAAGAAGUGCUACGUUACAGACCAGCUUUUAACAACUCUGCCAAGCGUGAGAGUGAUUGCAAGUUUUGGAGUAGGAGUGGACCAUAUCGAUCUAAAAAGUGCUAAAGAAAAAGGAAUACGAGUUGGAAACACGAGAUACGUUAUUUCCGACAGUACAGCAGACCUUGCCAUUACUUUAAUAUUAACAUCGACCCGGAAAAUAUUGACUAGUAAGUGGUUUUAUUAUUCAGGAAGCAGGGAAGACGAAGACCGAGUCAAAGCUACGUUUUACUCUCGUUUGCAUGAUAUGUUACCCGAAACGGAUGUUCUUGUUAUUGCUUGUCCUUGCACAGAACAAACGAUGAACUUGAUUAGUACAGAAGAAUUCCGGUUGAUGAAGAAAACUUCACUUUUGGUCGAGGUAGUUGACACCGAUGCCCUUGUGAAAGCUCUUCAGUCAAAUGAAAUUCAAAGUGCUGCCUUGGAUGUCACCGAACCCGAACCUCUGCCGCGAGGACACCCAUUGUUAUCCAUGCCAAAUGUUAUCAUAACCGCUCACUGUGGAGCAGACACUUUUGAAACUCGCAUAGAAAUGCAUGAUUUAUUGAUAGAAAAUUUGAAAUGUGGUUUGGAAGGAAAAGCGAUGCCGUCUGAAGUAAUUUUGUAAUGCUGAUAUCCAAUCAAGAAACAAAUAUUCUUAAAUUCAUUUUUGAUUGUAAUUGGGAUAGUUAUAAAUGUGUUAAUUAAUCGGGAAUUGUAAGGCGGCGAGCUGGCAGAAACGUCGCUACGUUCUGAGAUUAAAUUCCAUCGAAGUAAGCUUUGCCUUUCAUCCUUUCGGGGUCGAUAUAUUCAGUACCAGUUGCGUACUGGGGUAGAUCUAAUCGACUCCCCUCAUCAAAAAAAAAAAAAAAAAAAAAAAAAAAAUUCGAGCCUUGUGCCUAGAGUAGAAACGAAUUAAUCGUGAAUUAUAUAUUCCUAGAAAGGUAACUGUUAGUAAAUGACUGGGAAUUUGUUUCAUUCUUGUUCAUUCCGAAAGAUAUACCAAUCCUAGAAGAUCUUUAAAAAGGACAACAAUAAAUUUCCCAUUUUAUAUUUUGUUACUUGAUUAUUAAAACUCAAUGGAAAAUAUUCCUUUUGA